AUGAAUUGGCUACUACGAUGGCCGGAAAUAUUUCUGGCUGUCCUCUUUGUCGCCCUGGAAGCAUAUAGAUGGGGUCAUGCCAGUACACCGGGUCUCGUACGAGCCCAAUGGACUACAAGCAGAAAGUUGGACACGCGGAAUAAGGUCCGCGAUCUUUGGUAUCAUGGCUAUAACAGCUACAUGCGAUUCGCUUGGCCGUUGGAUGAGUUGUCUCCUCUGUCAUGUACAGGAAGGGGACCCGAUUGGGAUAGUCCAGACAACAUCGCAUUCAAUGAUGUGGCAGGCAAUUUUUCACUCACUCUAAUAGACUCGUUGGAUACACUUGUCGUCCUGAACGAUCGCCGUGGCUUCGAAGACGCAGUUCGGAAGACCAUGGAUUGGGUUUCUUUUGACGUCAACACUAAACCGCAAUUAUUCGAAACCAACAUCCGUGUGUUGGGUGGGCUGCUGUCAGCACACAUAUUUGCAAGUCGGCGAGAUCAGCCGUUCUACUUACCUUGGUAUCAUGGCGAAUUGCUAUCCAUGGCGCACGAUCUUGGGGAGAGGUUCUUGUCAGCAUUUUCGACGCCCACGGGAAUUCCAUAUGCAAGGACGAAUCUUCGACACGGCGUACCCAGAGGUGAAAGCAUAGAGAGUUGCUCAGCUGGUGGAGGAUCCUUGAUACUUGAAUUUGCUACGCUUAGCCGGCUUACCGGCGACGACAGGUUUGAAAAGGCGGCGCGUAAAGCUUUCUUCGCUAUUUGGAACCGAAAAUCGGAUAUAGGACUUGUCGGGAACACGAUCAAUAUCUGGAGUGGAACUUGGUUAUACCCGGAAGUGAGCGGAAUCGGAGCAGGCAUCGAUUCUUUUUUUGAGUACGCCUUAAAAUGGUAUAUUCUCAGUGGUGAUCACGAAUUUUUAGACGUAUGGAAUGAUUCGUAUGCUGCUAUCAUGAGGUAUGCGAGGUCCGCAGAUGGACUAUGGUAUCGGCGUGUUAAUAUCCAGACGGGCGACGUUGCGUAUUCCACUGUGGACUCCCUUUCUGCUUUCUGGCCCGGCCUUCAAGUACUUGCUGGGGAUGUCGAUAAUGCCAUCAAAUCGCAUAUGAUUUAUUGGCAGCUGUGGAGAAAGCACUCGGGACUUCCCGAAGUAUGGGACAUGAAUUAUAAGACCGCAACCUCGUUCCAGUUUCCACUACGACCAGAGUUUGUGGAAUCUACAUGGUAUCUAUAUCGUGCAACUCAUGACCCAUUGUAUCUUGAUAUCGGAGAGCGGAUACUCUACGAUAUCACCAUUCGAGCGAAGGUCGAAUGUGGCCUUACAGGCAUCCGUGACCUGAGAGAUAAUCAGCGGGAUGACCGCAUGGAAUCAUUUGUCCUAUCAGAAACGCUCAAGUAUCUCUAUCUAUUGUUCGACGAGUCCAAUCCCCUCCAUACGGAUGAUUCGAAUUAUGUGUUCACCACAGAGGGACAUAUUUUGCUGCUGGGGCAAGAACACCUCAAGCCUAUGUCGUCUGCCGUCAGAAAACUUCGUCGGAAUGAAAGUCAUCAAUGCCCUGCAUAUCAACCUGUCUCUAUUGGGAAGGAGGGGUUACCGGGGUUAACUCUUGGGAUUUAUUCGCGCUCCGAUGUUGACUAUACUAGCUAUCUCAUCGGAAUGCCACCAUCGGAUCAGGAUAAAGACUCUUGGCACCCAAAUGGGUGGUGCGAAGUACCUCAGGUAGAUUUGUUCUCGUAUGACUUCAUCUUGUCUGCCGAUGGUAAAUUGACUGUAGAGGACCCUAGUCCUGGCAAAGAGAAGAUCGCUUCUGUUUCCGACGGCUUCAUCGUGCAUAACAUUUCUGGUCUGCGAACUCGGAUCGUCAGUCGACUUGAUGGUAGAGGAUACGAUGUUUCCAAGCUUGGUUUACACACAAUUCAUAGCGGGCAGAUUGUCUAUAUUAACGACACAGCUCUCGCUCUGAAACCGGUCGCAAAGAGCAACAAGCCUGAUGCAGGGGAGUCACAUUAUCCUGACGUACGGCUUCGCUUCUUCGUCGACUUCGUGGAUCCGAUGUUCCAGGUCCAACCUGGCAUAAAUGAAGUCGCAACUAGCGUGGAUGUUAUGGGGCAUACGGCCAUGUUCGGCGCAAAUCCAUCGAAACCUCCAUCAUUAAACUCCAAGCCGUUAAAAUUUGGCCAUGGCGAAGGAACUAAUCUAGUCCACGACUCGAACAACCCCCUUGGAUGCCUACCAUAUGAGCGCUCCUACAGCGACGAAGCCAUCCUCGUCCACCGCGGAAAAUGCACUUUCCUGGAGAAGUUAAAGAUAGCUCAUGCUGCCGGCGCGUUGGGAGUCGUUGUUCUUACAGACAAUGAGAUCGGCAUUAAUCCAUCAGCGGAUGAAAAAGAUUUAGAAGCCGUUGGAUCCUCUUUGGACGAUAUGGUCAUGGUGGUCCUGCGUAAAUCGGACGGGCGCAAGGUAUCUAUCAUGAUGGAUUUGGUGGAUAGCCAAGGCCUCGGGCGUGUCGUAGUGAGUGUCGAGUCGGGGGUGGAUACUGGUCGACCACCUGAGUGGAAUGAUGCGCACGAGGAACAUCAAGCGAAGGGGGCUCCGCCAGAUCGCGUUCUGUAUCUCAACGGACAUCCAUUAUUAAAUACAAGAUUAUUGGUAUGA